UUGGCAUCACUUUCGUGACGUUCAUGGAUUAUCAUGUGAGUUUGUUUAGAAAUGUGGUUUAGGUAGAGAAAUAUUGUCAAUUUAGCAUAAAUGUCAAUGUUUUUACAAAUUUAGUGUUUCUAUUAUUGAUACAGAUAGUUAAAAUUGAGUACAGAUUGGGAUAUUUAUUGUAAUUUAGGCUUAGUGUUACACAUAAAUAGAUGACUGAUUGCUAGUUACAUAGUGAACAUUAAUGUUACUAUUUAUAAAUGAAAACUCUUUUAUGGAAAGAGACUGGCUAAUUAUGUUUUUCUGAUGUGAUUUACAAGAUUUCGCAUUCAGAAAGGAAUAUUAUGGGCGACUUUUUUGGCUUCAAUACGGAUAUUCCGUCAAAUAUCAAUGUGAUUGGACGGCAUACUCUGGAAGAAGAGCUUUUAAGUGAUGGUAUUGAAGAUGAAUAUGAUGCUUUGAAUGAUGAAACUUUUGGCCAUGCUGCAAAUGAUGAUUGGGAAGAGGCUCAUGAAAAAUUGUCUGAGCUCAUUAAACACAAGAAUCUUAGUUCAACAUCUACUUUCAAUGAUUCACUUUUGGAGCAUGAAGACAGUCAAAAUGAAAUUGUAUCAAAAAGCAUUUCUCAACUUGGUUUAGAGGAUGAUUUAGAUGAUCCUGCUAUAAUGACAAUUGCUCGUAAUUGUCAUUCAUUGAGUCACGCUCGAUCUGUAUUUGGAUCUUCAUCUUCACCACCACCUCCUGCAUUUUUAGACUCAGAAGAGUGUGGUUCUCCCAAGACUCACUCUAUAUGGAGCACAACUCCCAAGGAUAGUGGGAUUACUUCUUUUUUACAAUCAAUUGGUCAAAGGCAAAGUAAUUAUUCACAUAAUUCACCCAAUGUGUUUAACUCAAGCUCUGAUAAUGUUUUCACAACUCCUCCCAAAGCAUGGCGGGCAGAAGAGCUUGAGAGAGAUUUGCUUUCAAAGGAGCCAACAACGCAACAACAAAGUAGCGGAAACUGGCCAUCUGUUCCAAAUGUUAACAUGACUAAUCAAAAUAAUUUAAGCAGAUCUCCUCCUAAACUUUCAAACUUGGGACAAUUUCAAAAUAAAGUAACGUCAGAUCGAAUGCUUACGAGGGAGGAAGUUGAAAGGCAAAUGCUUUCAGAUGCAAGGCACUUUCCACCUAAUAUACAAAAUAAUUAUGGUCCUCCGCCUCGAAUGAUGCCUCCUAGAAUGCCGCAGAACAUGAUGUCACCCAUUGGAUCUCCCAGGCCAUCUCCUUUAAAUGUUCCAAGUCAUUCAUCGCCUGCCUUGCCUCUAAGACCUGUAAGAGGUCCUAUGUUAGGUAACAAUUGUCCUUUACCAGAUCCAUAUCUGUUCAUGAAAGCUCAAAUGAGUAGCUUGAUGCACAAUCGAAUGCCUCUAAGAGGCCCGCCAAUGCCAAAUCUUCCUCCCGGUUUUUCACCUUCAAAUAUUAAUUUAAACCACAGUCUGAUGAAUUUUCCACCCAGAAGUAUCCCACAUCCUUUGUUAAAUAAACAUUUUCAGUUUCCUGUUAUUAAUCAUAAUAAAUAUUAUGAAGAUAUGCAAAAUUCUCCUCAUGAAGAUGAAUAUGCUGGACUGAUGACUCAACGUGAGAAGGAGUGGAUAACCAAAAUACAACUGUUGCUUCUCAAAACUGAAAACCCUUAUGUAGAAGACUAUUAUUUUACUACGCAAGUAGCUAGGCGUUGUCAAAAGAAAUAUUCAGAAAGUGCAAAUAAAGGGGCUGGAGAUGCACCUGAACUUAUUCUUCCUCAGACUUCUAAGCAUGAAAAUAGGACAUAUGUCCCUACUCAAUUUGAAGGUUCAUUGGGAAAGCUUCAAGCAGUUAGUGUAAAUUUUCCUAGAAAAGUGUUAGAUAUUACGGUCACUAGAAAUUUAGAAGAUGAAGAAGGCAGGGUGGUCACAAAUCAAAGUCUCUUAAAAUACAGGCGUCUCCUGAUUGAUAUUGAGAAGAUGUACACAAACUUAUUAGAAAUUGAAGAUGAAGAGAGGAGAAUUCUUGCAAAACCCGCUUCUGACAGUGGACCUCACAGAUUGAAUAUUGACAAGUUAACUCAAAAUAUUUAUAAUAGCUUGUGUAAUGAUGGCUGUGAUGAUAACUUUCACCAUAUUAUGACUGUAAGGAAAGGACGCUCUUUAUUAAUGAGAGUUUUUAAAAUAUUUAACCCAGAGCAACAACUGCACUGUCUUCUCAAAUUGUUCCAUUGCUUACCUCUAGUUCUUAAAAAAGACCAAAAUGACCACAUCUUGAUUCAAAAUAUGGACGUGAUUUUGGACUUAAUCACAAAACUUGAUAAUCUCUCUUACAUGGUUAAAUUAAUGGAAGCAUUAGAUAAAGAAUUGUUUUCAGAAGAGCACAUUACAAAAAUAGACAAAAGCAGCUUAGCCACUAUUUUAAAAUACAAAUUGGGAUCAUCUGUGAUAUGCAAAAUCUUGAUGAGAGCAGAAGAGCUUUAUUCUUCGCUGAAUUCUGUUGGUACAGAUAUUCAUACCAAAUGGUCAAAAAUUGUUAUAAGUUUAGUCGAUUGCCUUUGCCUGCUGCCAAAUACUGGCAUAUCCCCUCCAGGAAUCUCUUGUGUAAAUUUAUUAGGUCUUAUUCAAAGAUUUGAUGUGGACAACGAAAAAUAUAGUGUGCUCAAAGAAAAACUGGCAAUUCUUAACAAUGAAUGUCAAAAUGGAGUCUCAAACAAAACUGUAUGACAAAAGUUUUUAUAGAUUGAUCACAUCAGAGAAGAAAAAGUGUUGUCUACUGUUUUUCAAUCAUCCUUAAAUUGCAAUGUUAAAUUCUGUGUUUCAUCAUAAAUAUCAAGUUUCUUUUUACUUCCAAUUGCAGUAAAUUGCCAAACAUAGCCUUCCCUCUUUUUUUCUUCUUUAAUACAGAAUUAAAUGGUUUACAAGAGUGGGUCGAAAUAGUCGACGGAUCUUAAAGCUUUUCGUGGUAGUGCAGAAAAGUUGUUAACUACCAUCAUUACAAAAUUUUAUAAUUCUAAAUUGGUGUUAUCUUUGACCUAAAUUGACCAAAAGUUGUAAAAUUAGACUUGAGCAUAAAAUUAAAAAAGAAAAAAAAAUCACAUAUUUUGUUAAUUGUCUUUUUGUUAUACAAAGCUAACAUUUCCAAAUUACAAUGUGUGUAAAAAAAUUUUGAAUUACGAGUUAAUAAUAGUCUGCUACAGCAGCAGCUCUGUAUCAUGGAUAUUAAAAGCUCAUUUUUAAAUAAAUAAGUAAUGUUAAACUGCUUAAGUUGUUAGCAAUCUACAUGCAAUUUUCCGAAAUUUAAUAUCCGGAUGAUUAUAUAAUAUCAGAAAUCUGGUGUAGGUAAGGCCGUUGAAAAUAUUUACUAAUAAUUCUAAAAUUUAGUAUUUAUAUUUUUACAAAAUGGUAAGCCUUUAUGCACUGCUGCAAGCUGAUAAAUUAACGCUGUUUUUCCACUUCAGGUUUUCGAAGUAUAUUAAUAGCAGUUGAAGAUAUUCACUAAUAAUUCUAAAGUUUAUAUUUUUAUGAAAAGGUAAGCCUUUAUGCACUACUACAAGCUGAUAAAUCUGCUUUUCCACUUCAGGUUUUUCCAGUUGUUUAAUAUAUAUAAUCUGGUGUGGUUAAAUCAAUUGAAUAUAUUCAUUAAUAAUUCAUGAAAUUUUGCAUUUAUGUUUCUAAGAAAUUGUUUAAUCAGGUUAUCUUGUAUGCGCUACUGCAAACUGAUGAACCAAAUUUGUUUUUAUGACUUUUAAUUUUAAGCAUUUUUAGCUUUAAUUUUCUUAGCUUUCACUUCGCGGGUAAACAGAUAUCUAUUCGGAAUAAAAAGAUUCUGUAUGCUUUAUAAUGGUAGUUGGCAACUUUUUCACUCUACCGCUAAAAAAUUAUUUUAGAUACUUUUGACUUUUUCGGCCCACAGUAUUCUACACCUUUAAUUUAUGUGUGCAUGUUAAAUAAAAUUAUUUGAUUAUUCUAGAUAAAACUUUACAUUUUUUGUAAGACUUGCAUCUCUUUUAAGCUGAUUGAUGAAUGCAAUUCUAUACCUUCAAUAUUUUCACAUUUCUUUCUAAUAGUGUUUUUUUUUCUUCAAUUUAUCGCUUGAAUAAUAGAUUUUGAACUUUAUGGCAAAGGUGUACUUUGUUGCUUAGUAUGUUGCCUUAAGCAUUAAUGGGUGCUUUUGAAUUAAUUGGUCAUUGGGUUUUGACCACUACCCUGUAAGGUUUAUGUUAAAGCAGGGCUUCUUUUUAGUUUUUUCCUCAUCCUUUUCAAUUGAAAACAUACAUUUAAAUGUGAUGCAUGUAUUAGUGUUAAACCUGUAUAUUUUAGUUACUGGUGAAUAAAUAAUAGUAAUUUCUAUUAUUAAGCGACAAGUAGUUGCAUCAAUAGAAAUAAAUAUAUAUUUUUUAUUAUUAUUCUUUAAAUUUGGUUUAAAAGUUAUUUUAGUAUAUAGUUAUUUUUCUUUUAAAAAUUCAGAUUAAGAGCGGUAACAGUGUCAGUUACAAAAAACAUGAUAUCAAGAAAGUAAAUAGAUUUCAAACAUGAAAGUGAUAUUGUUUUUGAAUUCCAGACCAAGUCAUUGGUAUUAAGUACAAAAGAAUAUUUUCUAUUUCUAUAUUAGCAAUAUAAAUCUGGUAUUUAAUUUGUCAAAUGUUACAAAAGUUUUGAGAAAUGGAAUUUUCUUUUGUGAUAAUUGUUUUAUUUUCUUUUUUUAAUUUAAUGGCAUUUAGUCAGAUGAGCACUGUUAUGUAGUUAUAUUGUUUAUCCUGCUAAAUUAUUAAGUGAAUGGUAUAAAUGUUUUUUUUAUGCAUCCUGUAGAUAAAAAGAAAUCUUUAGUUACUAA